CGUAUAUUUCAAAUGUUAGAAAAAUCUAAAUUGAGAUUCGAACUCGAGGACCCGAAGAGGAGGAAAGAAAAGGGAACAGUAGAUGGCGGGAGUGAUCUAGUGUGAUAAAAGAUUAGUUAAUAAAUUUUAGUGUAAAAAACAUAGUUAUAAAGAUGACUAGAGCUAAAAUAGAACUCGGCGAUGUGACUCCGCAUAAUAUUAAGCAAUUGAAGAAGUUGAACACCGUUGUAUUUCCUGUUUCUUAUAAUGACAAAUUCUACAAGGAUGUAUUGGAGGCUGGGGAACUAGCGAAACUUGCAUAUUACAAUGAUAUUGUGGUUGGAGCCGUGUGCUGCAGGAUAGACACAUCGGAAAAUUCAAGGCGAUUGUAUAUUAUGACUCUUGGUUGUUUAUAUCCAUACAGAAGAUUAGGUAUUGGCACUCUUAUGGUGGAGCAUGUGCUUAAAUACGUGGAACACGAUGGAAAUUUUGAUAGUAUUUUUCUGCAUGUCCAGGUGAAUAAUGAGAGUGCAAUAGACUUUUACAAAAAGUUUGGCUUUGAGAUUGUUGAAACAAAAGAACACUACUACAAAAGAAUAGAGCCAGCCGACGCUCACGUCUUGCAGAAGACCAUCAGACAAGCAAAUUCAACUCCGUUAGUUAACGGCAAUGUGCCCCAUGCAAAGACAAAUGGACAUGAUUGAAUAUGUAAGAAACUCAAAAAUCUCAACUCAAUUUGUAAGUGCAAGUGAUACUAAUUAAGGCUACUCAGGUCCCAAACAGAAUGUAACUAAAGAAUGGUUGUGGUUUUGUAUGAGACCAUAAUGACUACUUUUUCUAUACUUCCCUGUGGUUCAAGUUUUUUUGUGCCUUUUCUUUCUAGUAGCACAUAUUUCAAGUCAAUUUAUUAAUUUUAAAUGUUUAAGCUCUAGCCAGAAAAGUACCAGUUGCGACAUUCUAAAUUACUUGUUUAAUAAUACUUUUUUUGUAUCUAU